AUGAGAGACACCGCUGCCGUUGUGAGCAGCCUUCUUCUGGCUCUCGCCGGAUCCCUGGCCGCAGCCGAGUCCCUCAUCACUCUGCAUGGCGCAUCAGCCUCUGCCACCGCCUCCGGCGUGGCAGCAUCAGUCUCGGUGUCGGCCUCGGCCUCGGCCUCGACCUCCCGCGCCUCCACCACCAGAUCCCUGCCGCCGAUCGGCCGCGAACCCAACUGCUCCCGCUCCGUGAGGAGGUUCCGCGUCCCACCUACGCUCCCGACCCUGUCGGAAGCGACCACCACCUACCACACCCACUCGGCCUCAAACGCCACCCACACGCUGGCCUUGACCGCCACCCCCACCUCGCCGACCCUCACCAUCACCAGCAGCUCCCUCUCGUCCGUGGCCUCGCGGUCCGCCGUCCAGCCCGUCCCCCGCGACCUGGAGCACGACGACGACAAGAAGACCAAGAGGAAGACCAGGACCCCGGAGCUCUGGCCAGUGAUCCCCCGUCCCACCGUCUUCAUCCCCGAAGAAGAGGACAAGGACAAGAACAAGGACAAGGAGAUGAUGCACGGCGCGGACGAGAAGGAGACCAGCACCCGCAGGACCCGCAAGACCAGGACCCCCGAGCUCUGGCCCGUGAUCCCCCGCCCCACCGUCUUCAUCCCCGAGGAGGAGGACAAGGACAAGAAGAAAAAGGACAAGGAGAUGAGGGUAGAGGCCGCGCCGACCGUGGCCGCCACCGUUUCGGUAUCCCGCACAGCCGGCGUCCCGCGCCCGCCACGCACAGCCGGCGUCCCACGCCCGCCCCGCGGUCCCAAAAUGAUCCGCCCCGCCAAGAUGCUCCGCGCCAAGAACCCCCGCGGGCCCAAGAUGCCCCAGGGAACAGAGGCCGCCGCCGCCUCCUCCUCAGCCAUCCCCGACUACCAGACCGACGCCACCCUUGCCAGCCGGGACCUCCCGGCGGCGCAGUCGACCGAAGCGACCACACACAGCAGCAGCAGCAGCAGCAGCCGCUGCACCCGCACCCAGAGACCGAGCUGCUGGUGGAAGACCGGCUCGGCAAAGUCCUCCUCCUCCUCCGGAAGCAUCACCGGGUCGUCUACCGCCUCCCAGUCCACCACUUCCGCUCCGACCACUUCCGGCAACGGCCCCAACAUCAGGACCAUCACCGUCCGUCCUGCAACCACCUCCACUCUCGUCACCAGUACGGUUUCCGUCUCCGGCUCGUCCCCGUCCUCCUGCCCGUAUCCCUCGACCACCGCCGGGGCCAACGUCGUCACCGUCACCGUCACCGCGGAGCCCAGUUACGUCCCGACCUACUACCUGAACCCGUCCACCGACCAACGCGGCUUCCGCGGUCCCGAGGGUCUCGAGGAUGCCCAGCCCGCCGCCGCCAGCAGCUUCACUUACACGGGCUGGCUGGGCCCGACUACUGAUCACCGUGGCUUCCGUGGACCCGAGGGUCUAGAGGAACCCCAGCCCGCCGUUACCAGCAGCUUCAGCUACACGGGCUGGCUGGGCCCGACCACCGACCACCGUGGCUUCCGCGGCCCUGACGGUCUCGAGGACGUCCCGCCCGCCGUCACCGCCGUUUGA